AUGUCUGGGCGAGGGAAGAAGCUUACCGUGGCUAGCAAGCCUGAAGCCGCACCAAAGAAAGCGAAAUCAGCCAUGGCUGGUCUGCAGUUCCCUGUGGGUCGAGUCUUCAGGCUCCUGAAGAGAGGCCACUACUCUGACAGGAUCAGCCCCGGUUCUGCAGUCUACAUGGCUGCAGUGCUGGAAUACCUGACUGCAGAGAUCCUGGAGCUGGCAGGAAAUGCUGCACGGGAAAACAAGAAGGCCAGGAUCCUGCCCCGACACAUCCAGCUGGCUGUGAGAAAUGAUGAUGAGCUGAGCAAGCUCUUUUCCUGUGUGACCAUCGCUCAAGGAGGGGUUAUGCCAAAUAUCCUCCCUCAGCUCCUUCCCAAGAAAACUUCCAAAAAUACUGGUGUGCCUAAGGAACAAUCUGGUAGCCAGUGA